CGAAAGUGUUUGUGCAUCACGAGAGUGUCAUUUCUUUUGCAAAUAGCUGUAAUCAAAGGCGGGGCAGGCCCGGCAGGGGCAAUAGAAACUGUCACCAAGCAAAGGAGUCCGUUCUCCGUGCCGAAGGCCGUUGGGGUGCCGCAUUUCAUAAAAACAGGGUGCACGCAACUGUUACUUUCACACAUGGACGCCUUGUCCUCAACACGGCGAGCGAGCCACCUUGGAAUCCCUCAGAGCGCUAGACCACAUCCCCUGCACCGGCACCAAAGCGCAACGGUGGCAGCCCGUCCCCGUCGGUCGUCGCCACUCGCCGGACCGGCUUUUUCAAGUGAGAACGGCGAGCCUCCCGGCGACGACGACGAUGCCCGCAGCACAAAGGGGAAGGACAAGGCGUCCGUGCGCCUCUCCCCCGCUUCCGCACCCGCCUCCCGCUCUCCGUCUCUUCUAUCGCUGCACUCCCUCGAGGGGCCACAGGCACCCGUACCCCGCACCCGCAGAAUGUCACUCGUCCAGCCGCGCCCGCUGUCAUCCAUCCUGAAUACCGACGCCGCGCCCUACCCGCCCUCCCCCAGGCUCGAUCGCACCUCGCCCUCCGCGUUCAGGCGUAAAAGCUACGGCCCGGGCCCCUCGCCUGCGCUCCCCCCAUCGGGCUCAGACAACUGGCUCACCGCCGAGCCCACGCCACGGUUCUCGCGCCUCAGCCUGGGCGCCGGCGUUGUCAUGCCCGUGCGCAAGGCGGAUUCCGCCGCCGCCGCACGCCACGCCACGCGCCGCCGGAGCAGCAGCGCGACGUCGGACUCGCGGAGCGUCAGGAGCGUCGCGAGCAGCGUGCCCAGCCUCGGCGGCAGCUCGGUCGUCACCGCGAGCUCGUCGUACAGCCCCAGCGGGACGAUGCGGCCUGAUACCCCCACCAGCCUCCAUGGAGCGGCUGGGGUCGCAUGCCCGGUCGUGCGCGCGGGAGACGAAACGCCGGACGUUGGUGCCCCUGGAUCCGCACCAGUGGACCGCAGUGCGGCGACGAAAGCCCGUAAAAACGUGUUCCGGAGAUGGUGGAAGCGUGUUAGAGGCAGAGACUGAUGCGAUGGACAAUCUCCGCACCCCCCAGCACUCUUUAGAUGAUCGGACUUCAUAGAGAUACCCCACCAACACCGUUGCGACGGAUGUACCAUACUGCAGUGUAAUAGUACGCACUUUUAAUCUUCC